GCUUUGGAAAUCCUCUUACAGACUACUCACUACCCCCGGUUUGCUUGUUGAGGUCGCGCAUCUGUGAACGAGGCGGUAGGAGAUCAGUUGUCAUCAUCAUAAACAGAUGCCGUUUGUCUGACCUCGCAUUAUCAAAUCCCACCUUGCACGCUUUCAGAAGUCUUUCCAUUUCGUUCACCAACGUAAGCGUUCGUCGAACCCGUCGACAGUCUUUCUUUCGUUUGUUCCUAUUCACCUAUCGACCCGGUUGUCUACUUGGGCAAGAUGACCCCUCCGUUGUCUAUAGACAGAAGCAGUGAGCUCACGGGGCUUUUGAAUGCCCUUGGCCUUGCCCCCAAUCGGCCUGACAUCGCCGCCAUACCUGCAAAAGAGAAAAAGACACCUUCAGAUAUCCUACGCAUAAUCUCUUCUGCAGAAAGUGGGGGAAACAAAGAACAAAGACUGCGCAUUGUGUUCUGCGCUGAGUUGUGGGAUCUUUGUCACAGUUCCACAGCAUGUACUGCGAUACUUCAAAAACCUGGGCUGAAAAGCUUGAGCGAUGUCUCACUUUUUGUAUUCUCCUCGGCGAGUAAGGAUAGAGGGCUAGCACUUAUGGCGAGCGACGUGCAACCUUUUGAGGAAGCGCUCUUCGAGAAGCAACCCGCUGCAGUACUCCUAGCAUUGCACCGUCGUGACGAGCUGUGCAUAAAACCGGACACGAAGGCCAAGGUCCUGGAUAUCCUGGAGCGUGCUGUAGCUGCAGGCGCCAAUCUUGUUAAAGAAUCGCUAUUGGACUUUGUAGCAAAUGAUCCGUCUCAUGAUGGACAGAAUGCUGCAGAUUCGGGUGUUCUUUUCGAGGACAUCAAAUCCUUGCAACGUCUAAUUCCUGUGGUCAAGAACCCACGAACCAUUGGAUGUCUACUCAAAGCCAGUUUGACGUCUGCGCACACAAUUGCUGCACGCAAUCGUGGCGACUUCCUUGACAUGAUGGAAAAGGCUGGCUUUUCAUCCACCGUAGCGGCAGACAUUCAUUCAAGAGCCAGUGUCAUCGACCUGAGGAACGAAGAUCUGUGGUCAGAGUUCCUGCGCUCACGCAGUCAAGUCCCGCUGCUCUCGGUGGAAGGUCAAAUAGACGUGUCUAAAGAUUCCUCUGCACCCAAUGAAGCGGUGCCUAUCAACCUCACCACUUUGUUCAACGAAAUGGAUAGCGUUGAGUACGACGAAACCAACUCCGUCCUCAGCCCAGCAGCGUACCUUGUCGAUCUUUUGCAGCUCCUGAAAAAGAGCCAAGUCACGGAUGAAAAAACGCUUCUAAAUCUGUUCGAAGACCGAAGGCCCGACAUCGCCCAUUUGCAUUUGUCCAGGGCUAACACGACUAAACUGGUCUCAUACAACGGGCUGGCAAAUGAAGUCAUGGAGGCUUUCAUCCGAGAAGGCAAAGGAGACUCCACUGCUACCGCAAAUACACUGAACGAGAUCGAUGACACGGACGACUCUGCACAGCUUGCCCUCCCAAAUGCAGGGGGAAUAUUUGUUUCACCAAUUGGAAAACAAGCCUAUCCAGUCUCAGCUUUUCCCUACAAUAACGCCGUGUUUUCGACCCGAGAGUUGCUUCAUACCGCAGGGGUCUCGCGGCUCGAGCUGCUGAACCUUUUCCGUUCCGAUGCAACCCUGAGUCGCAACGCGUUCGGCUCAUCCGACUCGCCACGGCUUCUUCACGCAGCAAGCGUUGCAAACGAUCGGAAAUGGGCGGCCGAAGCACUCGGUUUGCAACAUUGCGAUUGGAUCGCCAUCACCAAAGAAGGCUUUUACGACCUAGAUUUCGUUCGAUCGAGCAAUUCCACCGCACUUCCAGCCGACCAAAAUGCAUACAUAUCCUAUAUUGGUGGUCACUCAACGGCAUCAUAUUGGGGCUACGCGCCUGUUGACGAGACGAACACCGCAGAGAAGCAAAUGACAGAUGCUGCGUCUUCAAAGGGUCUCUCCAACAUUCGAGACGAACUCCUUCCGAGAAGCGGCCUUUCUUUCAAGGAGCUCAUUAGAAUCUUGGACACCAAGUUUGUGGGCCGCCGCCUCGCCAUCCUGCCAGAAUUCCAGGGCAAGUAUUCGGAAAGGCUUGGCGACUUCACGCUUUUGGAGACCUCACGCGUCAAUUCAGGGAGCGCCACUGUGCCGUUGUCCGAGGAGACUUGCCACACCCUACAGGCAUUCAUUCGGCUUUGGAAACGAAGUGGUUGGGAUAUAAAUGAGAUCGACGAGGCUUUGGUACUCUUCGCCCGGCCUAAUUGCGUCGAUGGCGAAGAGGCUGCUCGCAUGAAUGUUGACUGUCAAACGCUUGAAUCGCUUGCGCAAGUCAAAACGCUUUCGACUCUGGUUAGUCUCGAGAUCAAUAAGCUUCUCCCAUUUUGGGGCCUUGAAAAUGAGCAAGUCCAAGCGGUGUUAUUCGAGCGCUUGUUUGUAAAGUCGAGAUUAGUGACUCAGUACCCUCGUGUCCUUUUUUCUGGUUUAGAGGCUACAAGAGCUACCAUAUCCGAGGUUUCGGCUGCGCUGAAGCUGGCUUUGAACGUUAACGACGAGGGACUCGCCGACUUUGUCUCUGCGGCAGAUCUUCAGUUCAACGAUGUCUGGACGUCGGCAAAUAUGACGAAACUGUACAGGGUCUGGCUGCUACUCAAGAUGACAGCAAUACCUACUGCGUAUAUUAGAGCUUGGUUGGAUAUUUUUUCUCGCGAUCGGGCUCUUUUCGAGAACCCCCUUAACACACUCACAGCACUUCAGACGUGGCACAGCCUCUCCGCAAGUACUUUACCGGUAAAGAGCCUAAUUAAAUUAGCCGCUCCACCUAAAGACGUGGAAGAAAGCCUCACAUAUCCUUUCCUGCGGUCGGUGCUCGGAAAGUCCACUGACAUCAAGUCGAAGUAUGCAGGCCUCUUUGCUGAUCGUGCCAGCCAAACUGUAGAGAGUUUGAGCGAUUUUAUUCUCGCUAUGAGUACUGAUCUGUUUGCGCCCGGCGCCCCUGCGGAAAUCUUGGAGUUGGUUAAAGGCACGAUCGUAACACCCUGCAAAGCCUCCCUGCCUGAUGACGCAGAAAUCCCAGCAAGUCUUUCCACAAAGUUAACCUAUGAGAAGAGCACGGGUUCUCUUUACUUGUAUGGAGUGCUCAACCCGUCAGACGAGGUAGCGCUCCGAGGCAUUUGGAAAUCUGGAAACGGGCAGACUGCGGCUGUGACGGAUGCUUUGAAGUCGCAGAGAAGGCCCUUUAAUCUUCUGCCAUCUCGUAUGUUCUCGAAUGCGACCAAACCUGCAGCAUACCUCUGGGACUCGACUCUUUUCUUGAAAGAGAAAUCUCGUCGAGACGAAGCCAUUUUAGAGCGCUGUUAUGACUUUGCGCUCAGGCUACAUUCUGUAUGGCUCCAAAAAGCUCUGAAUGAGGCGGUGGAGUCUAGCCUUGCAAACACGUUUGCCCAUAUCCCAAGCAAAUCUCUACCUACGCUCUCGGAAAGUAUCACUAUGCAGCCUGAUAAGAGUAGUCCAGCGGUGCAAGGCAUUUCAUCUAUUUCCCAGUUCAUACAGUUGGCGGAUGAGAAGGGUUUCGGAAGUAGUGCGUACUUCUUGCCACCGACUACUGGAUCAUACACAUUCACCCCCCCGGCCGGCCACAGCAUGACCGUCAAUAUUGAUCAUAAAGAGGUCGUUUUCGGUGACUCUGCGGCAGAUACGGCCUCAAAAGGCCUACAGCUGAGUAGUGAUAAGCUUUGUCGCAUUUCAAUCGAUAAGGCUGGCAGUCUUGGAGCCGCUACCUGGUUCUCCGGUGCCUCUCCAGUGGCCAAAUUCUCUUCUGCCAACGCAUUUCCCUUGUCUUCGGUUCCCUUUUUCAACUCAUUUCUCGGGCAGCUACAGGUUGCGUCUUCGCUAGUAGAGACGCAUGGCCUUGAAGCAUCGCAGAUCGAUACCUUAACCCAUCAUAACCUUAGUCUCACACGACCCGCUCUCGCCGAUUUACAGGCCUUACAAGUAUUCACCGCCUGUCGCUCUAUUGUCGAGGCAAAACAACUGCCUGUUUUAUCUAAGUUGUAUGACUGGGCAAAAGACACCUUGCAGGCAUAUGACUGGGCUCAGGAAAGCGCCGCGAAAAAGUUCAUAGCUGAAAUUAGCAAGCAGAUCGCUUCCGCACUGCUGUGGCCUGAGGCAAAGGUCACAGAGUAUCUUGAAGCGAUAAGCGACCCCACCUAUCUCAAAACACUUUCCUCGCUGCGAACUUUAAGCGAAGAGCUGGCGCGCAUGAAGGCAGUCUUCGACCUGGCGAAUCGCUUCGGUUUUGGUGUGGCUGCCUGGUUCUCCUGGGCGAACGCAUUUGUGGAUUCCGCGGCCAAUGAAGAUGUGGAUUUAUUCUCUCACCUGCGAUCUUGCAGCUUGGUUUUCCAAGAGAAGAAUCUGCGCAUUCUCGUGAUUGACACAAUCAGAAAGAAGAAGCAAGACGUGUUGACGUCGUAUCUACUCGCACAGACCGAUUUCAAGAAGCUAGAGAUCCGCUCGGAAUAUGGUCUCUUUGAACACUUCCUCAUUGACGUUCAAAUGGGUUCGCAGAUGGAGACUACCAGGAUUCGUCAAGCCAUCUCAACGGUGCAGUUGUUCAUUCAAAGAUGUCUCCUUGGGAUGGAAAAGAAAAACGGCAUUAAGAAAACCAUCAUCAGCAAAGAGAUUUGGGCAUGGAUGUCGCGAUAUGCACUUUGGCAGGCAAACCGCAAAGUCUUUCUCUACCCUGAGAACUGGGCUGAUCCAACACUUCGCGAUGAUAAAACAGAGCCGUUCCAACAGCUUGAAGCACGUGUGCUACAAACAAGUCUUAACGAGGAGACAAUCGGCCAGAUCCUGCGUGACUACAUCUACGCUGUCGAUGAUGUCGCAGACCUUGAGGUUGAGAGUUACCUUUGGGAGGCAUCCCGGGGAUUUCACGCGCGCAUUCAUUUCUUUUCCCGUACUAGGACGGCUCCGUACGUGUUUUACUACCGCAAACUGGAGAUUGGCGGCGUUAGAGCCUCUGAUGCUCGGUGGGACUGGUAUCCAUGGACCAAAAUGGAAGUCGACAUACCAUUGCACGAGGUGAAUGCUAAUGGCGUGGCUGUCAAUAGACCAGGAACAUACCUCUUGCCUGCCUUGUACCGUGGAAGGGUCUUCUUGUUCAUCCCCCAAUUUCUCAAAAAAUCGUCUCCUCCACCGGCCACUAUUCAGUCACCGAAAGCGCUCGUCAAUUCAGACACAAGCGUUUCUCCCCCAACCGAGAUGUGGGAAAUCAAGAUGGCUUGGACGGAGAACAAGAAUGGGAAAUGGGGUUCCAAGCAAGUAACAUCUACCGGAAUCAAGGUGCUAGCGUCAGCACCGGGUGCCCUCCCUCCCAUCGCCCAGUUUCGGUUCCGUCUAAAACCCCGCUUCCAACCUCCUACGACAUCCUCAGGCUCAUCGACGUCUCUAGACCCAAGACUCCGCGAGAUCUUGGUCAUUGAUGUUGAACAAUCUUACGAGUUAGCUACGACGAAGACUGUAUACAAGGUUUGCGGACAGUUUGAACUUCAAGGGUCGAGGGUGCUCGUACGUCAUGAAGUGGGUACAACUGAGACUGAGACCUCGAAAACUUCCUUCUCGAAGCUGGAAAGCAAAACACAGGCUGUAACAUUGGAUGACCUCAAGGCAGCUGUGUCUCAGAUCUCUAUGAGUCCGACUCAGCCAAACGAGCCGCUACUUCUCGCAGUCCCACCAGGAAGCGACCAGGUUUCUAAUGCUGGAGAACAGAAGCUCGUUUGGCCCAUUGUUUUGGAUGAGUCUCAAUAUCCUGGCGCCGCUGGUCUCGUCGUCGAGCGAACCACAUCAACAGAUGUACAAACGUAUUUCGGUUUCCCGUCUAUUGAUCUCAAAACCGGGGCGUUCAAUCUCAAGGAGAAGAUUACCACGGACACACAAGUCCUCACUCAUGGCAUAUCGCAUGCCCUGGUGGAGCGAGCUAGCACAACAGAAGACCUGGCUCCGAUCUUCAGGGUUCUCGAAAAUGUUAAGCAUCCCCUGCAAAUCAACGCAUUCGGCCAGGACGGUAACACAUUCCAUGAGCUUGCGAGACCUUAUGCCCUGUACAACUGGGAGCUGGGGUUCCAUGCUGUGGCUCUGCUGAUGGAGCGCUUGUUAGCAACACAGCAACAUGAGCUAGCUCUGAAUGUCGCACGUAUGGUAUUCGACCCCACACGAGACGAGGAGGGUUCAGAUACAUUGACUGCAAGCGACAAGACAGCAAUAUCGCAUCUUGAUCGAUGCUGGCGAUUCCUACCUUUCAGAUCGCCAAUCGUACGACAGAAAGGCUCGGCAAAAACAAUCCUACAAUCCCUCGGUGCUGGUACGGGUGUCUCAGCCGAUAUAGAUAAUUGGCGAUCACAUCCUUUCGCUCCACACAUCGUCGCUAGAGGUCGCCCGGCAGUGUACAUGAAGCGCUUCAUUGCAAAGUAUAUUGAGAUUCUCAUCGCGAGUGGCGACGUCUACUUUAGGCAGAACUCUAUGGACACAAUCACGCUGGCGUUGCAGCGGUACAUUGAGGCAUCAGAAGUAUUCGGGCCUGCCCCACAGACGAUCAUGCGGCCUACCACCAAAGUGACGAAAACAUACUACGAUUUGAAGAAUUUGCUGAACGACUUUAGUACGGCGAAUGUCGACAUGGAGUUGCAGUUCCCAUUCUUCGUAGCUACGGCGGGGAAUAAGAUGCCGAAUGAAUCUGAGAAGGAGUUACUGGGUUUUGCUCGCUCCACGUUCUUCGCUGUGCCUCCGAACCCAGAGCUUGCUGCGCUACGAGCAACAAUUGAUGACAGAUUGUAUAAACUGCGCAAUGGACUUGAUAUAAAUGGCAACGUUCGGAGGAUGCCGUUGUUUGACCCGCCAAUUGAUCCAGGCCAACUCGUCAAUGCCGCAGCAGGCUCAGGGGGGUUUGCUGGAUUCCUCGAGAUAGCUGGAGGGCCCAUGCCGAAUUACCGCGCUGCGUACUUGUUGGGCAAAGCUAUGGACCUGGCGGGCGAAAUCAAAAGCCUGGGCGAUGCAUUGCUUUCGGUAAAGGAAAAGCGCGAUGGUGAACACCUCUCCAAUUUGAAGGCCAGACAAGAAGUAGCCAUACAAGCGGUGCUCAUGGACAUCAAGGUUGCGCAGCGUGAAGAGGCUUUGAAAUCGAUCGAGGUCUUAAAGGAUUCGCGCCAGACAGCUCUUAUGCGGCUCAGAUACUACCUGCGACUGGUGGGUGAGGAGUCUAAGGUGGAUCAGAUCAACAAGGCCGAAUGGGACGACAUUGAGCAGGCCAUUCCGGAGCCUACGAAGGACGAGCUGAGAAUGUCGCCACAAGAAAAACUCGAGAUGGACAAGACCGACGCAGCGAACCGACUCACUGAACUCGCGACGGCGCUGGAAAACGGGUGCUCGGCGCUAGCAGUUCUCCCCGAGCUCACCACCGAAGUUUCGCCCAUGGGCGUGGGUGUCGCAACAAAAUUCGAUGCAACUAACAUCAUUCGGGGCAUCAUGUUUACUGCCGAAGUGAUGAAGGCGGGUGCGCAGAAGAGCUCUAACGAAGCUGGAAGUGCCUCUCGCAAAGCCACCCUGAUCCGACAGCUUCAAGACCGCCGACUACAGGCAAACAAUACUGGACGAGAGAUUAAGAAUAUUGACAAGCAGCUCGAAGCACAGCAGAAGCGUAUCGCCGUUUGCGAUGCCGAGAUCAAAAUGCAGACACAGCAAACUGCGAAUCUUGUCGAAGCCGAAGAGUUCCUCAAGACAAAGUUCACAAACGAGGCUCUCUACGCUUGGAUCGAAGGCGUCACGAGGAAACUUUUCCAUCAAACAUACCUGAUUGCACUAGAGGUCGCGAGGGCCGCCGAGACGGCGUACGCGUUUGAGUACGGCCCCAAGUAUCAGCGCAGCCUGACGGGCGCCCAUUGGGACGAAGCUCGCGACGGGUUGUUAUCAGGCCACUCGCUGGGUUUGGAGCUUCGACGAAUCGAGCAUAAUCUCCUUAACCGCGACGCUCACGAUCACGAGCUGACGAAGAACAUUUCACUGAGGCAGAUUGCGCCCUGGGCGUUGCUACGUCUGCGGGAGUCUGGCGCUACUGAAUUUUCGCUGCCAGAAGUGCUUUUCGACAUGGACUUCCCUGGGCACUAUGGCCGCCGGAUCAAGUCUGUUUCACUUUCUAUACCUUGUAUCCUAGGCCCUUAUACGACACCAAGCUGCUCUCUCACCCUGCUCCAACAUCAAUACCGUAUCAAAUCCGGAAAGAGCAGUUCAGGAGACUACUACGACAUCGACAUCACCGGCGACGAGCGCUUCCACACCGACCGUGUGCCCGUAACCAGCCUGGCCAUUAGUUCCGCGAUGCAAGACUCCGGCAGAUUCGAGCUCAGCUUCAAAGACGAGCGCUACAUUCCGUUCGAAGGCGCCGGUGUCAUCGGGCGAUGGCACAUCGAACUGCCGUCACCGGUCAGACAGUUCGACUACAACACCAUCAGCGAUGUCGUCAUGCACGUCCGGUACACGGCGCUCGAGGGCGGUGGCGCAUGGCGAAAGACCGCGCAGGAAGCCGUCCUCGACUUCCACGCCAAACUGCAGGUGCAAUCAGAAAGUGGUUUGCUUUCGCUGCUUGACCUCAAAGCCGACUUUCCUAACGAGUGGUAUAACGCGUUCAAAACCAGCACGAAGAAAGAGAGCGGCCCCGCUAAAUUCACUCUCGCCCAAAUGCCUUCCCGUCUACCCUACUGGACGGCGAACAAGACAAUCACUGCACGCAAACUUUGGAUGGUUCUUGAGGCGGCUGACGCAGUUGAGCCGUACGCCCCCACCAACCCGGUGCAGAUCAAGUUUGCAGGUAUCGAAACACCGAUCAAAUUCGUGCCAGCAAGCGAGACUGUCGGUAAGCUCCUAGUGCUUCAGAACGAGACACCUCAAGGUCAGCCUGAGUUUUCUGUUACCUUGGCUGAUUGCGAAGUCACGUUUCCGAAGGCGGCUUCAUACAAGCGGGCUUGGUUACUUGUGCAGUAUACUGUUGCUUAAUUAGUGCUUGACGAUUUUCCUAUAAUUUAUCUUAUAAAGAUCUAUGUAUGUAGUUAAGUGGACAUAUAUAUAGGUAGAUCCUUGCCAGAACUUUGCGUUAUUAGUCUUUGCUAUUCACUCUAUCGUUCAUUUCCUCAUUUCCUCACAUACAUAUAUUUUCUGGGGUU